AUGGUGUGGAACACACAGGGCCCCGCUGCACGCUACCUCUCAUUCAGCGCCGAGUCAGUGCCCUUGAACACUCCAAUAGCACACAUGUGGUGUGUGAGCUUCCCACACACGCUGCACGGACCUCGGACGACUUUUAAAGCAUCCAGCGGCCGGUGGAAGAAGCUUCUUCCUGAAGUGACUAAGUUCGAGGGAAUUUUUACUAAGCUAAAGAGCCAACCACGGUCGGGUUGGAGUGAGCCGAUGUACGUCGAGAACACGGCGAAGAUAUACCAAGAGCGCACGAAACAUCCGUUUGAGUAUCUGGCGGCGUUGAAGGGGCUGCGUGAUAAGCCGAAGUGGACCAGGAAAUUGACUACUUCUAUUCAUGCUGGCAACAAACGCAAGACGGGUGACGGUGAUUUGGUUGCGCGUCCAGAGGGACAGAAAGCGGCCAAGAAGAAGAAGGCUCGGGAUGACACCAACUUACCCGUCGAUGCGCACAUGCGCUUUGUCGCCGCGUCCGAAAAGAAAGCAGAUAUAUUAGAGCAGCAACUUCACUUUAGCCUAUUCAUACAAUCACCUGACAGCGAGGAGUCAACAGAGUACUUUGCUCUCCGCCGCAAAACUUUUCUUGCGCAGCUACGAGCUGCAGAUCGUGAAGCUGCUGGGUGUCAUAACACCAGGUUGGCCGAUCAUGAAGAGAAUCGAAGUGGCUCUCGCGGAACCAGCGACGUUAUCAUUGCGCAAGGAUCGAUUGAUCAGUUGUUGGGAAGCCCACAGAGCUCAUCAGACAAAGAGAACAGCCCGAACACAGAAGCUAGUUUUCGAGCAUCGGCGAUGUUGUAG